UAAAAUAGUUAGAUUCGUUAAGGGAUUAGUAUUCCAUAUGGCUAUUUUGAGAAAGAAAAUGUGAUUAUUCUGUUUUGUUAAUACUCGCCGAUAAAUGUUUGAUUGAAGCGAUAUUUCAACUAAAUUUCUUGUUAGAAAGAAAAUGUCAUAAUUAUUUUUUAUUAAAAACCUGCCGAUAAAUGGUUGAUUGAAGUGAAUUUGCAACUAAUUUUCUUGUUAGCAUAAGUGAGAAACACAUUGUACUGGUAGGGCUGUAUUUGACACUGUAGUAAAAGAUUUAAGUUCGGUUGAGUUUACUCCAAUCUCGCUCAGGUCUGCUCAAUGCAUCGGUGUAAUUUUCUUGGAAAGAGAAGAGAGAUUUUAAUUUGAACUGUUUUCAUUAUCUCUAUAAUGGCAUUGCAAGGUGGGAGUGUGGUUCAUGAUCAGAAGUUAAAUAGUCAUCUCAAUGAAAAUUCUGUUGGCUGGAAGACCGAUGUCUCUAAAGUGCCAAAGAAAGGAGUUCGUGGUGGAAGGAAACCACUUGGUGAUUUGUCAAAUUCACUGAAGCCUUCUCUGAAUCAGGCUUCAAAAAAGCACAACUCUGGCAUUUUGUCCUUCACUGAGAAAGAAGCUACUGCCUCUCAAAAUGGACUUGAUGCAGCUAAGAAGAAGAGUAUCUCUAAACCGUCGGUGAAACCGCCCACUAGUAGGAAAGCCCUUUCCGACAUUUCAAAUUCAGGGAAGCCUAACCUUUAUGAGGGUUCAAAGAAGAACUACAAUGCUAGGCUUUCUCUUGUGGCAGAGGAGCCGAUGGAUGAUGAUGCUAUUUCAGAAGAACGGUUUCUGCACAAUCACCAAGAAUGUAUCAAAGCACAAUCAAGAGCUUUGGACUUGGAUGAAUUUCUGCAGAUAAUUGGAUUAGAUAAUGGUGGUAUCAAACAGAAGACAAAUUCUUUGUCAAUUAAGGUGAAGUCUGAGAGUCCGCCUAGGCACAUGGAAAUGGAAGAGAUGGCUGUGGAGCUAAUUGGAGAUGAAUUCUGGAGCAAGAAGAUGUGGUCUUGCGAACUUGAUUCUCCACCUCCUUGCAGAAGUCCGAAAUCACCAAAGUAUUUCAUGCACCAUGACUACAACUUCCAAUUGCUAGACUCCCCAUAGUGGUCGAAAUGCAUUGAUUACCUCACUCGUCAAUGCUUGUCUAAAUAGGUAGUAAUUUUGUGCAGUAAUAUGAUCUCAUAUGAUCUUUCGGAACUGGAAAUGGAAGCAAUCUAUUUUGUGAUAUAGGCCGUAGUAGACUUUUGAACUUUGCUGCUGUGACAGUGUGACAAAUUCUCUUUAGCCAUGUAUUUGGAGGAAUUAAGCAACUUAAUGAUGAUAUUUGCUGCCA